UUCCUCCAGUUCUCCAGGGCCGGCGCUGAGCUCCGCAGGGCCGAUUUGCUGCUCACGGAUCUUGCAGCUUUGCAAUUGCCUCGUGUCGUCCGCAACUCCGAGAUCUCCCAACUACUUGACUGCAUUAGUGAGAAGCCUGGCUAUAGCGCCUUGCUCGAGAGAAGGUCGGAACUUUGAAUCAUGAGUCACCUUAAGAUCCAGUCUCUCCGCGCGGUGGUGAAAAUGCUUCUGGAGUCUCCCGGAUUUGAUCGGGUGCUGAAUAAGAUGACAGUUCUUUCUGCCAGUCCUGGAAAAGUUGUCUGUGAAAUGAAAGUGGAAGAGGAGCACACAAACCGAGGCGGGACUCUUCAUGGAGGAUUGACAGCAACUCUGGUAGAUGUUGUGUCAACCGCUGCUUUGCUGCACACCGAAAGAGCAGCACCUGGAGUCAGUGUGGAUAUGAAUAUUACCUACAUGUCAGCAGCUAAGAUGGGAGACGAAAUCCAGAUCACUGCGGAGAUUCUGAAGCAAGGAAGAACACUGGCCUUUGCCAAUGUGGACUUAAGAAACAAGGCGACAGGGAAAUUGAUAGCCCAAGGGAGGCAUACCAAAUACCUGGGAUAAUCACAGAAGGAAGCUUUGGGCCUAGAAGAAGAAGAACGGGGUAGCAUUACUUUAUGGAAGUAAGUCAAACAAAGCAAUACAGUAAAGAUGAGAAUGGAUUAACUGAACAAAACACUUUCAUAGGUACAGCCACUAGGGGUGAAAUAUCACUACCUGAAUCCUCCUUAAUGUUCAUGUAAACUAAGGUGAUGGUUCAAGUUCAUGUUUAUUAUUCCAUGUGUAUUUUGUUGUAAGCCAUCUCUUGGGGAUUGGAAGGGAUGCUGUGUGUGCAUGCGCCAGGAAGCAGGAUACAAAUGUAAAUAGCAACAAUUUGCCGUUGACAGAAAAAAAAUGUGUUGCUGUGAUUAAUACUGGUUUGAUUUCUGAAGCCCUGAAGAGAAAGAUACAAAGAAAAGAUGGAACUCAAGUGUUCCAGCAUCUGAAACCUGGGAACCAUUUGUGGAAGAGGUUCUGAUGCUGGUGCUUUUGGGUUGGGAUGGGUUCAGAGUCCCCAGGGGUAGGCCUCUGCCUCCAGGAUGUUUUCAUUGAAAGAAGGAGUGGUGAUGGGGUGGAUUCUGCUUUCAAUGGCUGAGGAAGCCUCCAGAACAGCAUGAGAGGUGGUGCCAAGGGCUGCAGGAGGAAAGGAGGAAUUGGUGAAAAUUGCCUCUUGUGUGCACAUGUACACACAUGGUUACUCCAGCAAGAAGUCUCUGUGAAAUCUCAGUCCCUUCUGCAAAUUGAAGGAGUCCUCCUCUUUGCAGAUGGGUGGCUAUAUGUCCAGCUGAGAAUGUUUGCAGAUGACUUCUGUGUUGCUCUUUUCAGCCAAAGCCUUUGGACUGACCAGUGCAUACUUUGAAUUCAGUGGUGAAUGAUUGCCAAACUAAGCAUAAACUACUACUUUCUCCUCUGUUGAUUUGUAGAUAUUAUUGAACAAUGUAUAAAGUGAAUUGAUCUUAAAAGGGUACUUUUCCUCCCAAAAUAAUGAAUUUAAAGCAUGAACCCUGUGCUAAAAGGAAGUUCAGUAUGGUGACAACUCAACAGUUUUCAAUAAACUUGGUUUUGUAAACUUG